UGCCAAGCAAGGAAUGAGCCAUUAGCACUUAGGCCAGAGUCACGCUCCCGUCACCUUGACAACAUCCACUACGGAGUUUCUUCGCUAAAAAAGGGGUGACUGCAUCCCCUGACGUGCGAGUUGCUGAAGCCGCUCUACAUCACCAAUCGGAGGGUUAUCAACGUCACCCACCGGAAAGGUCCGAAGCCUCCUAAGCUAGGUCAAGGUAGAGCGCGCACACACUCUCUGUCCACUAAGGUCUUCACAUGCACCAAACACUCUAAUCAUGCAAUUUAUUUAAGCCUCGGAUGUGAUCACUUACGUCCUCUUCCUUUUGUUUGAUAUUACAUCGUUAUCGAUAUAUGAAACCCAUGUGAGAACGUACGUGGUGUUCUUUAUUAUUCUUAUAGCCAGGUUCAUUGAAUUGAGCUGGUGUGUCACCAACUCACCAUAUAUCUCAACCCGUCGCCACAAGAGUAUUCAGUAUUCACAAACACAAACAAAAGAGGACAAAGAAACCGAGAGGGCAACAAUGGCGGAGUUCGCUGUUGGGUUGACCAAGACGGCGGUGGAGGGGACGCUGAGCUUGGUCAAGACGGCGGUAGAGGAGGAGAGGAGGCUCAAGGACAAGGUACAGAACGACCUGGUGUUCAUCACCGGCGAGUUCGAGAUGAUGCAGUCCUUCCUCCGCGUCACCAACAGGGAGCGCGCCGGGAACGAAGUGGAGCUGACCUGGGUGAGGCAGCUCCGCUACCUGGCCUUCGACGUGGAGGACUGCGUCGAGUUCGUCGUCCACCUUGACAACAAGUCGCCCUGGGGGUGGCUGCGGCGUGUGUGGCAGACGCUCUACUGCCGCGCACCACCGCUGCCCCUGGACGUGGCGGUCGCCGAGAUCAAGCAGCUCAAGGCCAGGGUCGAGGAUGUGAGCCUGAGACACACGCGCUACUUCCCCAUCCGCGACGCCAUCAAGCCUGCCGCUGCCACGCCACCGGCAGAGGAGCCGGAUGCCACCUACCGAUCAGCAUUCCGGAGCCUAUCCGAUGUGUGGGAGGCUAAUGGGAAGCUACGGCGCAACUUCACCAACCUCCAAGAGUUGAUCGACCGUGAAGAUGAUGACCUUAAUGUUAUCUCCGUGUGGGGAGGUACAGGAGGUGAUCUUGGGACGGCCUCCAUCCUUAGGAAGGCCUAUUGUGACCCAAAAAUCUGCCGAGAAUUCAAAGGCCGCGCCUGGGUGAAGCUGAUGCAUCCCUUCAACCACGAUGAGUUCGUGAAGAGCUUGCUGACUCAAUUCUAUGCAAGCUCUCACCAAGCAGAUGUAGAUGUGAAUUUGUGGACAAGGAUGAAAGCAGAGGCUACGGAGGACGACUCAAUCAAAGCUAAGCUCAUGCAGCAAAUGACAGAGCAAAGGUACCUUGUCGUCUUGGAAGAUGUAUUCGCGGUGGCAGAGUGGGAUGUGAUCAGAACGUACCUGCCAGACCGUAAGAAUGGUAGCCGGAUAGUCGUGUCGACCCCGCAGUUAGGGAUUGCCCUUUUGUGCGCAGGGGAGCCAUACCAAGUAUCAGAGCUCAGACAGUUAUCUCAGCAACAACAAUUUCUUUGUGCCUUCUCCAAAAAGACAAGAAGUGAUAUGGGUGAAUUUAACUGGCAUUUACGGCAUCGUGGUGUGAUAUCCGUGUGGGGAGCUGAUGACGGCAAAUCAAUUCUCGUCGAUAAAUUGUACAAGGGCAUAAUGAACAGGUCAAAAGAGUUUGAUGGAGUGGAAUUUGAGCGGCACAGCUGGGUCGACGUACCGGACCCAUUCGAUUUGAAGGUAUUUGCUCAGCGCCUAUUUCUGGAAUUUCAUUCAAAUGACAUUCGAGCCAAUGAAAUCAAAGCGGUUGGCACGAUGGGAGAGCCAGGGCUAAUUCAGCGGUGUUGCAAGUUUUUGUCUGAGGAGGACUGCCUCGUGGUUAUUAACGGUUUGCAGUCCAUGGGUGACUGGGACUUGAUAAAAUCCAAGUUCUUAUCCAAACCUACUAAAGGUUGCAUCCUUGUUGUUACAAAUGAAGAAACCGUGGCUACACAUUGUGUAAAGGAUCACCAAUAUCAGGCGAUCAACGUCAAAGAUUUGGAAGUGGAGACAGCCAUUGUUACCUUGAUAAAUAAGGGUUCUUGGCACUAUGGACUUAGACGAUGCAUCAACAAGGGCCGCUUGUUCUAUGACAGAAGGAAAGAUGCACUUGAAUGGACCAACAAAUUUAGAAAUGCUGAUUCACGAGGAAUGUUGAAAACGCAAAGAGUUGGCGGUAACCCAGAUGCGGAGGUAUGUGGUGUACUGGCGGCAAGUGAGAAUGUAGUUGCUAGGGCAAAGGCUUUCCUUAGAAAGGAGUAUUAUGGAAGUGAAAUAAGUGAACGGCGCAGCUGGGUUGAUGUGCCCCACCCGUUCAGUUUGAUGGACUUCUCCUGGCGCUUACUUUUGGAUUUCUAUUCCGAUGAUCCUCAAGCAAAGGAAGUUGCAGCAGUUGGUCUGAUGGAAGGCAAUGACUCAAUUCAAGUGUGCCGUAAGUUUCUUCAUAAAGAAGAAUUCUUCGUUGUCAUCGAUGGCCUGCGCUCUACACAAGACUGGGAUCUGAUCAAAGCCACCUUCUUAUCGGAGCCCAUUAAGGGCACUAUUGUUGUCAUCACAAAUGAAGCAGAAGUUGCAGUGCAUUGUGAGGGUGUCCCUGACAGCCGGCCUGGGAGACAUAGGGCAUGGCACAAAGUUCCAAAUGUUCCCGACGUCAUAGAGGAAUACAAAUCUAUAUCUUUGUCCGAAAGAAGGAAAAGGGCAAUUGAAUGGAUGAAGAAAUUUGAACUCGUCGGGCGCGAGGAGGGGUAUCGCUUAACUAAACUUGUACUGGAAAAUCAGGGUGUGGUCUCGGUAUGGGGGAUUGCCGGUGUUGGGAAAUCAUCUCUCGUCAUGAGCGUUUAUUACACUAGAUUGCUUCAGCUAGAGAGAAGCUAUACGAUGAACGCCAUAAGUUCUAGUGGAUUCUCUCCAUCAGACAACUUGACAUCAUCAUUUGGCUGGGUGGAUGUUCCCGAUCCGUUCGAUCUGACUGACUUUUCUUGGAGCUUACUUCUUGAUUUCCAUUCCGAUGAUCCUCAAGCCAAGGAAAAUGCGGCAGUUAGCAUGAUGGAAGGCCAAGACCCAAUUCUAGAGUGCUGUAAGUUUCUUCAAAAAGAAGAAUGCUUGGUUGUCAUCGAUGGUCUGCGCUCCACGCAAGACUGGGAUUUGAUCAAAGCCACCUUCUUAUCCGAGCCUGCUGAAGGCACUAUUAUUGUCAUCACAAAUGAAGCAAAAGUUGCAGCGCAUUGUGUGGAAAAUAAUGAAAACCGAGUGCUCAACGUCAGACGUCUCGAAGCUGAUGAUGCGGUCUUGGAAAAGAUAAUUUGGGAAGGUAAGGAAUUAACUCGUGAAGAGAUGAAACUACCACAAUGUAUCGUCGCCAGGUGUGGCGGGCUGCCCAAAGUAAUAGCUGCCAUAGGUGAAGUUUGCAGCUCAGACAAAACGGUGUUGAAGUCUCUGAGUGACAACUGUAUGGGCACAUUGGAGACGGAACCAAGAUUCCAUAGUCUAAGGACCCUGUUUUCUUGGAUGCAGUCCUACUUUGAUGCUUGCCCAGAUUCAAUCAAGCCAUGUAUCUACUAUCUGUCAAUCUUUUCUGCGGGCAAGGACAUUAGGCGGCGGCGCUUGCUGCGGCGGUGGAUUGCAGAGGGUUACUGCAGGGACACUUACGGUGGUACUUCUGAGGAGAAUGGGGAAAAAUUCCUCUCUCAGCUCGUCAACUUGAGCAUAAUCCAGCAGCAGUCAACGAGCAAGGUGUUAUGUCAAAUCAAUGGUUUCUUCCAUGAAUACAUUAUCUCACGGCCAAUGGAAGAUAACCUUGUCUUUGCACUGGAGGGAUCUUGCAGCCUAAACUCGCAACGCACGGGACAACACCUCACCAUAAGGAGCAACUGGGACAGAGACAAGACUGUAUUUGGGAGCAUAGAUUUUUCACGGCUGCGGUCCUUAACUGUUUUCGGGAAGUGGAUGUCAUUCUUCAUCUCUAGCAAUAUCAAUAUGAGACUUCUUCGGGUGCUAGAUCUUGAGGAUGCAUUAGGUGUAGCUAAUGGUGACCUUGAGCAGAUUGGGAAGCUAUUGCCUCGACUAAAGUUUCUCUCCCUACGAGGAUGUUCAGAGGUUACUUGUCUGCCGAUUUCAAUGGGUGGUCUGAGGCAACUGCAGACUCUCGAUAUCAGAGACACAUCCAUAGUAAAGUUGCCACUAUUUAUCACAAAGCUACAGAAGCUACAGUACAUUCGUGCUGGCAAAAGUGAAGUAUGGGAUUGGGAUAAAGGCGAUGUCCUACCAACAGAUAGUGAGGAUAGGGCAUCAUCAUCAGCACAAGUCACAAACUUACCAGCAACAAAAGCAACAGCAACAGAAGGGGGUACCGAUAGCAAAGCCCUGGUCCUACCACCAUCAGCGGGCUCAUCAGUGUCAUGCAGAAGGCCAAGUGCUAGGGUAUCCAGCUUGCUGUCCAAGUUGUGCAGAGGUGGGCUUGAUAAUGGCGGAGUAGAGAUCGGAAAGCUAAGCGCCUUGCAUACCUUCGGUGUUGUCAAUGUGAAUGGUUCGCGUGGGAAGUCCAUCUUCGAGGAGCUCAAGAAGCUUACCCAAUUGCGCAAGCUCGGCGUGUCCGGCAUCAACAAGGGAAACAUCAAGGACUUUUGUUGUGCCAUCUAUGGUCAUGCUCAUCUCAAAUCUUUAUCAGUGGAACUCGAGAAGGAUGAUAACUUGGAUGGUUUGGAUGACAUCCCCCAGCCACCGAAGACCCUAAAUAGCCUUAAGCUGUACGGGCAUGUACAAAAAUUGCUAGUUUGGGUCGAGCAGCUUGACAAUCUGAAAAAAUUCAAGCUUGAUCUGACUAUAGUGAAGCCAGAGGAGUUGCAACAGCUUCGCUUCUCAAAGCCAUAUGGCCUGCCCUUGCAUCAUCUUCGUAUCAGACCAAUUCAAGAUGGUGAACUCCAUAUUGGCGAUUUCUCCGCCCCGGUCGUCGAGAUUCAAUGCAGCUCCGUGUUACGUACAACAUUUACUAUGAACACAUCUCCUACAAAAAUUGAGGUGCUCAAGGUUCACUGCUCCAGGGGGGCGUCUUUUCAGAUUUCUAAUCUAGGCAGGUUGAGCAGGAAUUUCAAUGAAGUGUGGCUGAAGGGACACAGCGACGCACUCAAACAGGACAUUCAGCGGCAAAUUGACGAGUUGCGCGUAAGGUUGCAUGAGAGACCUGUCUUGAAGCUGGCAUGAGCACGCUUUUCCUGAUUCGCUGUUUCCUUUCUCGGUACAUGAUAAUAAUUAAAUAUAUGAUAAUAAUUAAAGUUUUAAUAUGAUGAGUUGUAGAUUCACUUUAAGGUAUGAAAGAAGAACUAGAAGUAGCUGAAAUUAUUGUGUAGGAACAGGCUAUGUGAAUAUGUGAUUUUUUUCCGCCUCGUACACUUGCUAAGUGCUAUGUGUCUCCCAAACCAAUAUAUAUUAUAACACUCAUGCAAAGUAUCAAGAGCAUUCA